GAUAAUUCCGCGGUCUCAGUGGUAAAAUAUUAAUUUUGCCUGCCAAAUUUCCAAGGUUUUGGACAAAAUUGCACAAGAAAGGCCUGGCCUGAGAAUGAACGUGCUUCCGCUGCUUUGGCUGCUGUGCAGCUCAAGCCUAGUGCUGCUCGCUGCUGGCGAGCAGAAUGCCACUGUGGCCAGCGUUGGUGCGGCCAAUCCCCAGACAGCACAGAGCAACAGUUCCACGGCAGCGCCGCUGGUUGUGAAUGCCACUGUCUCAGCUCAGGCUGCAGUGCCUGGUCAAGUGCACAUCAUUGAGAAAACGCAGGUCAAGUCGACCAACGCCACGGAGCUGGCCAAGGAGCAUGAGAAGGACAUAAACAAGACGAGCACAAUUCCGCCAGACAACACGGCCAAGACAAGGAAGCGGACGGACCCGGUGCAGCUAAAGCCCACCAUUGCGACAGCGGCGCCAACCAGCUCAGCUCCGGCAGCCACCAAUGGAACAAUCACAAAGGCAGCAACAGCAAAGCCAGCCACUGGCAACAUUGUGGCUGAGGGCAUCUCCAUAAGUGAUGUGAAGACGGUCAACAGGUCUAGCACGACCAGCGGCAAUAGCAGCAGCACCUCCACUAUUCCAUCGACUACAACAACCACAACAACAACAACAACCACAACAACAACAACCACAACAACAACGACGACGACCACGACGCCGCGUCCCACAAAGCCAGCCGUUGUCUACAGUAUGGACACGCACAGCGAAUGGGAGAAGGAGCAAGAGGAUAAACAAAAGUCACCGGCGGCUCCUUCCUUGGCUGCGUCCUCGGAGCCCCUGCCGGUGCUGGCAUCCACGCAUCCCGAACCGGCAGCACCAAUGGUCCAGGAGCUCACUGGAAAUCUGGCGGAUCGUGGGGGCAACGACUACAUCGUGCCCAUUGUGACGGUGCUGCUGACGGUGCCGCUGGCCAUUGGUGUGGUCACCAUUAUGUAUCGUCGCUUUCGCGAGCUGUGGAGCACACGGCACUACAGGCGCAUGGACUUCCUGGUGGAUGGCAUGUACAAUGACUGACGAAGGCGCCAGGCGCCAACGGGUGGCAAGAGUGGCCAGUGGUCAGCGUGCUCCACGUACUCGGCCACCACCACCACAUACUCCUCCUCCAUACAGCAAAGAAUUUGUUAACCAAUCAAGCGAUAAGCGAGAUGCGAUAAUUAUUAGUUGUUUAAGUUUCCCAAAAAAAUGUUUCGGAUGUUUGCAUCCAAUGCAAGAGAGAGGAUGGAUCUCCGCCAGAGAGUGAGAUGCACACACACACACACACACAAAAGGAUAACUAGGAUAUUGCUCAGUCAAUUAAAAACACACACAAUCGGCGAAAACAAAGUUAGAAACGAAACAUUUAUAGUUCACAAAUUGUUGCUAAGAGAAGUGUCUAAAAUUUCGUAGAGGCCAAAAUUGGAACUUUUGUAAGCAAACUGAUUUUAGAAUGCAAAAUUGGAUUAUACGCAUUAUUAGUUGUAGGAAGCAUUUGGAAUUUGUAUGUGAAGCAAAGAGCAUUUGUUACGAAAUCGGCAUAUGAUAACCAACACAGAUACAUACAUUUAUAUAUAUACCUAUAUACCUAUUAUAUACAUAUAUACCUUUAUAUAGCUACUUGUAUGCAGCAAUCAAUCCAAUCUAUGAUUAGUAUUUA